UUUCAAAGACGAAUACCAGAUGAAUUCAAAAGCGUGGUGGAAAAUACAUUGAAAACCAAUGGCUGGCGUUAAGCUAAUGGGUCAUAGUUCUGAUGAUGAUUUUAAGGGUUGCUCACCUCCUUUAAGCCAAAAACUUGUAAAAAGAAAUCAAAAAAUUCCAAACGGUCACAUUUUAGCAUCAUUGAAAUGGAGAAAUACUGCAGUUGUCCAGAAAAUGACAGAGAGUAUCAAGGUUUUAUUUUCUUCUGAUCUUGGCAUUGUUGAUUUCCAUCCAUCUGGAGACUGUGCAGUGAUUUACAUUUCUGCAGCUGAAAUGAUUGAAGGUCUUUUAUAUAAGAAACGGCUAGCUGGACUUAAAGCAGUCAAAGGAAUCCGAAAGGUCAUUGUGGCUGAAAGAACUUACCUGUCAUUACAACAAUUCUCCUCCCUUCAGCAGUUUGCAGUUCUAGAACUUGAAUUAGAUCUUAUUCCAGUCACGGAAAAUGGUCUUCAUAGCCUCUUAGUACAAAUGGUAUCUGCUGAAAAUAAAAUAUCAAAAAAUCCAUUCCUGCAGCCUUUAAAAAUUCCAGAUGAAGAGCUGUCAGCCCAUGUAUCAAUUGCUUUAAAAAAUAUUCCAAAAAUUGGGGAAAAGAAAAUUAUGAUGCUGGUGGAGAGAUUUGGUUCAUUGCAUAACAUUGCAAUAGCUUCAGUUGAAGAUUUGUCAUCUUUGCUUGGUGCUUCACCUGCACAACUAGUAUGGGACUAUUUUAACAAAUGAAGUGACAUUGUCAGUCCUUCCAAUCAUCAUCGUCGUCAAUAUCCAUAAAAGAACAAUUAUUUGGAAUCACUUUUACGUCGUCGACAGAAAUAACAAAUUAUCGGAGGUUCGACCGAUCAAUUUACAACAAAUCAAGGUGCAGGUCAUCUCCCAAAAACGUUAAACUUAUUUUUUUUUUUGCACAGAUACAGGUGUGGCUAGAAUAUACGUAGUUCAAUAUUGGGUUCAAAAUUGGACGUGAAGAUACAAUUAUGAGCUAUCGGCAUCUGAACAUAGAUAACCACGAAAAAGGUCUAAAAAAAAUGCCGCACUGUUACACGAACAAAA